AUGCUCUCACCGCCCUGCCUCCCACUGCUGCCCCUCCCUCCGGUGCCCCUCCCACCGGUGUCCCUCCCACCGGUGUCCCUCCCACCGGUGUCCCUCCCACCGGUGUCCCUCCCACCGGUGUCCCUCCCACCGGUGUCCCUCCCACCGGUGUCCCUCCCACCGGUGCCCCUCCCACCGGUGCCCCUCCCACCGGUGUCCCUCCCACCGGUGUCCCUCCCACCGGUGUCCCUCCCACCGGUGUCCCUCCCACCGGUGUCCCUCCCACCGGUGUCCCUCCCACCGGUGUACCUCCCACCGGUGUACCUCCCACCGGUGUCCCUCCCACCGGUGUCCCUCCCACCGGUGCCCCUCCCACCGGUGCCCCUCCCACCGGUGUCCCUCCCACCGGUGUCCCUCCCACCGGUGUCCCUCCCACCGGUGUCCCUCCCACCGGUGUCCCUCCCACCGGUGUCCCUCCCACCGGUGUCCCUCCCACCGGUGUCCCUCCCACCGGUGUCCCUCCCACCGGUGUCCCUCCCACCGGUGUCCCUCCCACCGGUGCCCCUCCCACCGGUGCCCCUCCCACCGGUGCCCCUCCCACCGGUGCCCCUCCCACCGGUGUCCCUCCCACCGGUGUACCUCCCACCGGUGCCCCUCCCACCGGUGCCCCUCCCACCGGUGUCCCUCCCACCGUUGUCCCUCCCACCGUUGUCCCUCCCACCGGUGUCCCUCCCACCGGUGUCCCUCCCACCGGUGUCCCUCCCACCGGUGUCCCUCCCACCGGUGUCCCUCCCACCGGUGUCCCUCCCACCGGUGUCCCCUCCCACCGGUGCCCCUCCCACCGGUGUCCCUCCCACCGGUGUCCCCUCCCACCGGUGUCCCUCCCACCGGUGUCCCUCCCACCGGUGUCCCUCCCACCGGUGUCCCUCCCACCGGUGUCCCUCCCACCGGUGUCCCUCCCACCGGUGUCCCUCCCACCGGUGUCCCUCCCACCGGUGUCCCUCCCACCGGUGUCCCUCCCACCGGUGUCCCUCCCACCGGUGGCCCCUCCCACCGGUGUCCCCUCCCACCGGUGCCCCUCCCACCGGUGCCCCUCCCACCGGUGCCCCUCCCACCGGUGCCCCUCCCACCGGUGCCCCUCCCACCGGUGUCCCCUCCCACCGGUGUCCCUCCCACCGGUGUCCCUCCCACCGGUGUCCCUCCCACCGUGUCCCUCCCACCGGUGUCCCUCCCACCGGUGUCCCUCCCACCGGUGCCCCUCCCACCGGUGCCCCUCCCACCGGUGCCCCUCCCACCGGUGCCCCUCCCACCGGUGUCCCUCCCACCGGUGUCCCUCCCACCGGUGUCCCUCCCACCGGUGCCCCUCCCACCGGUGCCACCUCCCACCGGUGCCCCUCCCACCGGUGCCCCUCCCACCGGUGCCCCUCCCACCGGUGCCCCUCCCACCGGUGUCCCUCCCACCGGUGUCCCUCCCACCGGUGUCCCUCCCACCGGUGCCCCUCCCACCGGUGCCCCUCCCACCGGUGCCCCUCCCACCGGUGCCCCUCCCACCGGUGCCCCCUCCCACCGGUGCCCCUCCCACCGGUGUCCCUCCCACCGGUGUCCCUCCCACCGGUGUCCCUCCCACCGGUGUCCCUCCCACCGGUGUCCCUCCCACCGGUGUCCCUCCCACCGGUGCCCCUCCCACCGGUGCCCCUCCCACCGGUGCCCCUCCCACCGGUGCCCCUCCCACCGGUGUCCCUCCCACCGGUGUACCUCCCACCGGUGCCCCUCCCACCGGUGCCCCUCCCACCGGUGCCCCUCCCACCGUUGUCCCUCCCACCGUUGUCCCUCCCACCGGUGUCCCUCCCACCGGUGUCCCUCCCACCGGUGUACCUCCCACCGGUGUCCCUCCCACUGGUGUCCCUCCCACCGGUGUCCCUCCCACCGGUGCCCCUCCCACCGGUGCCCCUCCCACCGGUGCCCCUCCCACCGGUGUCCCACCGGUGUCCCUCCCACCGGUGUCCCUCCCACCGGUGUCCCUCCCACCGGUGUCCCUCCCACCGGUGUCCCUCCCACCGGUGUCCCUCCCACCGGUGUCCCUCCCACCGGUGUCCCUCCCACCGGUGUCCCUCCCACCGGUGUCCCUCCCACCGGUGUCCCUCCCACCGGUGUCCCUCCCACCGGUGUCCCUCCCACCGGUGUCCCUCCCACCGGUGUCCCUCCCACCGGUGCCCCUCCCACCGGUGCCCCUCCCACCGGUGCCCCUCCCACCGGUGCCCCUCCCACCGGUGCCCCUCCCACCGGUGCCCCUCCCACCGGUGUCCCUCCCACCGGUGUCCCUCCCACCGGUGUCCCUCCCACCGGUGUCCCUCCCACCGGUGUCCCUCCCACCGGUGUCCCUCCCACCGGUGCCCCUCCCACCGGUGCCCCUCCCACCGGUGCCCCUCCCACCGGUGCCCCUCCCACCGGUGUCCCCUCCCACCGGUGUCCCUCCCACCGGUGUCCCUCCCACCGGUGCCCCUCCCACCGGUGCCCCCUCCCACCGGUGCCCCUCCCACCGGUGCCCCUCCCACCGGUGCCCCUCCCACCGGUGCCCCCUCCCACCGGUGUCCCUCCCACCGGUGUCCCUCCCACCGGUGUCCCUCCCACCGGUGCCCCUCCCACCGGUGCCCCUCCCACCGGUGCCCCUCCCACCGGUGCCCCUCCCACCUGUGCCCCUCCCACCGGUGUCCCUCCCACCGGUGUCCCUCCCACCGGUGUCCCUCCCACCGGUGUCCCUCCCACCGGUGUCCCUCCCACCGGUGUCCCUCCCACCGGUGUCCCUCCCACCGGUGUCCCUCCCACCGGUGUCCCUCCCACCGGUGUCCCUCCCACCGGUGUCCCUCCCACCGGUGUCCCUCCCACCGGUGUCCCUCCCACCGGUGUCCCUCCCACCGGUGUCCCUCCCACCGGUGUCCCUCCCACCGGUGUCCCUCCCACCGGUGUCCCUCCCACCGGUGUCCCAGUGCCCGGUGCCCCUCCCACCGGUGCCCCUCCCACCGGUGCCCCUCCCACCGGUGCCCCUCCCACCGGUGCCCCUCCCACCGGUGCCCCUCCCACCGGUGCCCCUCCCACCGGUGCCCCUCCCACCGGUGCCCCUCCCACCGGUGCCCCUCCCACCGGUGCCCCUCCCACCGGUGCCCCUCCCACCGGUGCCCCUCCCACCGGUGUCCCUCCCACCGGUGUCCCUCCCACCGUUGUCCCUCCCACCGGUGUCCCUCCCACCGGUGUCCCUCCCACCGGUGUCCCUCCCACCGGUGUCCCUCCCACCGGUGUCCCUCCCACCGGUGUCCCUCCCACCGGUGUCCCUCCCACCGGUGUCCCUCCCACCGGUGUCCCUCCCACCGGUGUCCCUCCCACCGGUGUCCCUCCCACCGGUGUCCCUCCCACCGGUGUCCCUCCCACCGGUGUCCCUCCCACCGGUGUCCCUCCCACCGGUGUCCCUCCCAGCCAUGCGUGUCUCACCGAUGUGCCCUCGCAGCCUCCACAGCCGCUACCUGCACCACACAGGGGGGAAGGGAGAUGGAGCAGGCGAGAUACAUAGAGACCAAAACUGCACCACGCACUGACUCCCACCACUAA